UUAUUAGCAUCUUCAACAUAUAGCUUAAUUGGUUUCCCUAGGCUAUAUAAUCCCCAUCUAAACCUCCUAAAAAUCCAUUUCAUCAUCAACUAUACAUACAAAUAUACACACAUACAUAUAUCAUGAUGAAUAAUAAUGAUAAUACAAAAUUAUACACCAAUUUAUUAUCAUCAUCACCACCACUUGAUCACAAUCAUGAUCAAAUUAAUAAUUUGUCUCAUCAAAUGUACUCCAAUAUUAAUAGUAAUAAUAAUAAUAUUUCAUCAUCUUCUUCCUCAUUCCCUCCUCCUCCCCGGCCACAUGAUCAUAAUCAAGAUCAAUACUACUCAUCAUCAUCAAACAACAACAACAAUCUCAACUCCAUCCUCUACACUCUUUCGAUUCUCAAACAAAAAGUCCACCAACUCCAAUCCCUAGCGGCCAUCCUCCUAUCUCCACCGCCACUUGGCAAUGAUAAUGAGCAGAGUGCAACAACAUCAGUAGCAGGUGGAUCGUCAUCAUCAUCAGCUAUAGCUAGCAUGAAUAUGUACAAUACAAUUCAAGAUAUCAUAGCGGCUUCCUCUUCUAUGCUACUCAAUUUCCACAACAUGGGACUUUUGUCUCCAGAUAUUAUCCACAACAACAACAACAAGGUCAUGAACAAUAUUAAUACUAAUACUUUCUAUUCAAGUAAUGAUCAUCAUCAUCAUAGUACUCUCAAUAAUUGGUUGGGUAAUACUAAUCAUGAGAUUUACAAUAAUAAUAACACUACUACUAAUCAUGAUGAUCAAAUCAUGAUGAGUACUAAUAAUACCUUAUUAUUUCCUACUACUACUACUCUAGUUGUAAAGGGUGAAACUAGUAAUAGUACUACAAAUAUCAUCAUAACAAAAUCAUCAAAGAAAGAUCAUGAUGAGGAUCAUAAUGAUGAUUUUGAUAUAAUUGAGUUGGAAGCUAGGGAUUUAUUAGCAAAAUACACACACUAUUGUCAAAUUUGUGGUAAAGGGUUCAAAAGAGAUGCAAAUUUGAGGAUGCACAUGAGAGCACAUGGAGACCAAUACAAGACAAGUGAAGCCUUGUGUAGUAAUUACAACAAUAAAUUAAGUAUUAAUACUACUACUACCAAUGAGCAUUGGAAAAUGAGUAGUAGUAAUCAUAAGAAGAAGUACUCUUGUCCUGAAGAAGGGUGUAGAUGGAACAAGAAACAUGUCAAAUUCCAACCAUUGAAAUCAAUGAUUUGUGUUAAGAAUCAUUACAAGAGAAGCCAUUGUCCUAAAAUGUAUGUGUGUAAGAGAUGUAGUAACAAGCAAUUUUCAGUGUUGUCUGAUUUGAGGACUCAUGAGAAGCAUUGUGGGGACCUUAAUAAGUGGCAAUGUUCUUGUGGGACAACUUUUUCUAGGAAGGAUAAACUUAUGGGGCAUGUGGCUUUGUUCAUUGGACACACUCCUCUUAAUCAUAAGAUGAUUAAUACCUAAUCAUUUUUAAUUAGUUUUCAUGUUUGUUUUUUUGUUUUUGUUUUUGAGAGAGAGAUCAUGUUAAUUUGCUGCAUUUGUGUUUAUAUUAUUAUUUUUUUUUUUGUAUGAUUGUAUUAAUUAUUUGAUAUGUAAAACUAUUAUAUACUAAUUACUUAUGUAAAACUGUAUAGAAUUUUAGAUAUAUAUAUACAUGAAAAUAUUGUGACAUUAAUUAAAAUCAUGGGCAGACUUAAAAUUUUUUAUUAUAGAAAAUUUAUUUUAUUUUUGAUAAUUUAAUUGUUAUAAAAAUAUUUGUGAGGCUUAUUUAUAAUUUUAUGGGUAUAAUUAAGAAAUUAAUUAAA